GACCUCCAUUAAAGUUCAGCUUAUAUAUCACACCAGGAAAAAAGGAAAAAAAAAAGAGGAAAAAAGAGAAGAAAAAAAGAGCCAAGAAGCUGCAAUACAAGCUUUGAAAAAGAUCGAGAUUUCAUUCCAGAAGUAAAUGGUCGAGAUUUUUCUGUGUAUUUGAAGAAAGAGAGAGGGGUUGAGUUCCCGAUCUGAGUUUGUGAUUGGAGGGUCCGAUUGAAAUUUGGAUCGGGUGCAGAGAGAGAAAGAGAGAUGAACGGGGUUGGGAGACAAGGGCAGAGAUCUAGUGCGGCAGGGGUGCACCACCAACGACAGUACUCCGAUAACUUCUUGGAGACUUCGUCCAAUGGCAGGUGGCUUCAGUCAGCUGGUCUUCAACACCUUCAGUCUUCCAACUCCUCUGGUGCUCCUCCUCAGCAGGACUAUGGCUUCUAUGGUGGAGGUGGAGGAGGACCGGCUUCUAGAGUGUACCGGAACGCACAGAGAGGGUACAAUGAGUUCUACGCAGAGGCGCCAUCGACACCUCCUUACAAUUCGCGGAGAAAGAGCGGCGACGAGUCGCCCAAUGAGUUCAGUCCUGGACUCUUGGAUCUGCAUUCCUUUGAUACUGAGCUCAUUCCUGACAUGCAAGUCACUGGGUUGUAUGAUGGUGCUUCUCUAUAUUAUCCGUCUCGCGGUAGAAGCUUUGAUGAUUCUGAACCCUACAUUUCAAACAAACAAACAGAAAGGGCUCGUGUACCAGAAAACAACCUCCUAAAAAGUUUUGCUGCAGACAAAGAGAAAGCUAGUUCUGUAGCAAAGAUCAAAGUUGUGGUGAGGAAGAGGCCGCUUAAUAAAAAGGAGUUGGCAAAGAAUGAGGCAGAUAUCAUAGAUACACUUUCCAACUCUGUAACAGUCCACGAGACUAAGCUCAAGGUUGACCUAACAGAAUACAUGGAAAAACAUGAAUUUGUGUUUGAUGCAGUGCUGAAUGAGGAAGUCUCAAACGAUGAAGUGUAUCAUGAGACUGUGGAGCCCAUAGUUCCAAUAAUAUUCCAGCGAACAAAGGCAACUUGUUUUGCAUAUGGACAAACUGGGAGUGGAAAAACAUAUACCAUGAAACCAUUGCCUCUUAAAGCAUCACGAGACAUCUUGAGGUUGAUGCACCAUACUUACCGUAGUCAGGGAUUUCAGUUAUUUGUGAGCUUCUUCGAAAUAUAUGGGGGAAAACUUUUUGAUCUCCUCAACGAUCGAAAAAAGCUUUGCAUGAGAGAAGACGGCAAACAACAAGUUUGUAUUGUGGGUUUGCAAGAAUACAGAGUGUCAGAUGUGGAAACCAUUAAGGAGCUGAUUGAAAGAGGAAGUGCCACAAGAAGUACUGGUACAACUGGUGCAAAUGAAGAAUCCUCUCGUUCACAUGCCAUACUUCAGCUUGCUAUUAAGAGGUCAGUUGAUGGCAGUGAAUCGAAGCCUCCCCGUCUUGUUGGCAAGCUAUCCUUCAUUGAUCUUGCUGGAAGUGAACGUGGUGCAGAUACUACAGAUAAUGACAAACAGACAAGAAUGGAAGGUGCUGAGAUUAAUAAGAGCUUACUUGCAUUGAAGGAAUGCAUUAGAGCUCUUGACAAUGACCAGGGUCAUAUUCCUUUCCGAGGAAGUAAAUUAACUGAAGUUCUUAGGGAUUCAUUUGUUGGUGACUCCCGUACUGUGAUGAUAUCAUGCAUAUCACCAAGCUCCGGAUCCUGCGAACAUACUCUCAACACUUUAAGAUAUGCUGACAGGGUGAAGAGCCUUUCGAAAGGGAGCAACCCUAAGAAGGAUAUGCUACCCUCAACCUUAAACCUCAAGGAACCAACAAAUUUACCCUUACCUUCAGCUUUGCCCACUGCUUCUACCUUUGAGGUUGACACAAAUGAUAGAUGGCCUGUACAAGUUGAAAAAGAGGAAUUUGAUGCUUCAGAAGAGCCCUAUUAUGAGGCCAAAACAUUAUGGAAGAGAAAUGGGAAGCUAGAGCAGUACAAUGUAUCAGCUUCAGAGGACAAAGUUCGUAAGCCAAAUGGUCAGACAAAAUUGGAACUGCCAAAGUUUCAUUCAAGGAACUCAAAUUCAGAUGAUGAUUUAAAUGCCCUGUUACAGGAGGAGGAAGAUCUUGUAAGUGCUCAUCGGAAACAAGUUGAGGACACUAUGAAUAUUGUUAAAGAGGAGAUGAAUCUGUUGGUAGAAGCAGAUCAACCGGGGAAUCAGCUGGACGAUUAUGUUACUAGAUUGAACGCCAUUCUAUCUCAGAAGGCUGCAGGCAUUCUGCAAUUGCAAACCCGUUUAGCUCAUUUCCAGAAGCGUUUAAAAGAACAUAAUGUUCUUGUAUCUUCUUCUGGUUACUGAAUUCAUGCGGAACUGGAGAUUAUAUAGUUAGAUCAAGUGGUGCUGCUCAACAAAAUUUUAUUGCAAGAUGGUGUUCACAAUAGCAUAAAGGAUUGGGUAAUUCUUUUUGUCGUGAGAUAUAAGCGGAAGCAUAAUAUGAAAUUGGCAUCUUAUGUGGGCCAUUUGUUGGGUAUUUCUUCAUGUAAACUCUACCAGGCCUCAGGGACUUGGAGUUUUCCUUGGACUGUCCAAUUUUUAUUUUACAGUGUACGAUUUUUAUGAGAAUCGGAUAUCAUUUUUUACUAGCCAUUGUAUGGAUUCCCAUGCUUCUGUAAAGUUCUGGACCCUUGUACUUUGAUUAAAAUUAAUUGGACUGCUUAGUGAUUGUACCCGUCUUCUUCAGCAGGUUAUACAUACCAGAUUUUCA